AUGUAUUCACCAGCUAAUCAAGAGCACAAGUUACAAGAGCCACAAAGCCAACCAAACUCUCGAUUAUCUCAGAGCCAGCCGCUAUACGCCUCUAAACAGAGUACCCUCUUCAAAUUCGCCUCUAAUACUCCAAGGCCUAGACUCUUCGCUCCUCAGAGUCAAUUAGACAGUAUCUUUGUUGAAGGCAACAACUCUGAGACUGACGAUAGCGCCUCUGAUGUCGACCAGCCAUUGUUUCCUCCUUCAAAGCGACGACGACUACUGACGCCAACAACCGCUAGCAACCACAUUGAUGACUCUGAAUGUACGUCAAUACAGCGCUCUCGAAAACCAGCUCCUACCCGUGGCGAUUCUGAAGAGCUCUGGUCUCAUGCUAGAGCUCGUCGUCCUGGAGAGCGCGAGCGUGAGCGCAAGAAGAAGAUCUGGUACUGCUUCUAUGGCAAUAGAGACUGUCCUCGCAACUACAACACCACCAACUACGACAACAUCAGAUCACACCUUAAGAAGAGACAUGGCUGGAGACAGGCAACUGGUACACUUUCAAAGAUGCUAGCAGUAGCAAUACCCUCUCAGACAUCAUAUACUAUUGCCAAUAUCGACAAAACUCGCUUGAAUCGACGUCUUAUCGAUUACAUCACCUCAAGCAACAUCCCCUUCCGUACUGCUAGCAAUCCUCUACUCCAUGCGCUACUUGAUGAGGUGCUUCCUGGCGCCUCAAAGCUCUUGAUCAAGAGUCAUUCUACUGUCGCCAAACACGUCAAGAAGGAGCACGACUUCUAUCAAGAGCAGCUCAAGGCACUGCUUGCAACAUCUCGAUCAUUGAUCCACUUUACCUGCGAUGCUUGGACAGCCAAUUAUGGUAGCCAUGAGCUGCUUAGUAUCACAGCUCGAUUUGUCGACUCAGACGGCAAGUUAAGCAAGGCACUGCUAGCUCUCCAUAAGCUGUCAGCUGGCCAUGCUGGUGCUCAAUGUGCUCCUCUAUUCUUUAAUACCAUUGUUACCUAUGGCAUCGAGCAGAAGAUCGGAUAUAUCACCUCUGAUAAUGCCACUUGCAACGAUACUAUGAUGAGCCACCUUGCUACUCUAUUUAGCGAGCGUCUGUCUAUCGAUUGGGACCCUAUACAACAUCGAACUCGCUGCUUUGGACACCAGAUCAAUCUUGCUAGUCAAGCACUCAUGUCAGCGAGCUCAACAGACACCAUAGCUGCUGUAAUUGAUCAGAGUCAAGAUCCCUUAAAAGCUAUCUCAACGCUCGCUCAAGGCACUGGCCUUACUGAUCAUGAAGCUCUCGACUACCUCCGUCAGUUUUUCGAGUGGAUCAUGAGGUCAGCUCGCCGUCGUCGUGAGUUCAAGGCAGCUGCUGGUGUAUCUCCUAUGCUUAACAAUACCACAAGGUGGAAUAGCUGGCUAGCCAUGAUCAAGCGAGGGAUUCAGUCUCGAGCAACUAUACGUGCUAUUCAGUCGGCUAACGAGCAUAUGGAGCACACUACUCUUCAGCGGCGCCACUGGCAGUUCCUUGAAGCGCUUGUUGACUUUAUGGAACCAUUGCAGGAGGUAACAAAGCUAUGUGAAGGCGAUAACGCAACUCUUGAUCAAGUGCUUAUAUCAAUGGACUUCUUACGCAAGCACUAUGAAAAGUACACACAACAAGAUGCUUCUACCGACCAAGCCCUUAUUGCCGCAAUCCGAACUAGCCAAUUUGCACUUAAUAAGUGGCAAGCUAUCAACAACUAUACUCCUGCCUAUGCAGCAGCGCUCCUCCUCCAUCCAACUUAUCGCGAGAACUAUAUCAAACAACACUGGCCUCCGUCAUGGCGAACACCAGCUAUUACUGCUGUACGCGCUUUAUGGACUGCUAAAUACAAGAACAAGACCAAGCCUAUUGCAAUAGCACCAUUGUCAAAUGAAGAGGAGUCGAAUCAGCUGGCCAAGUGGCAGGCUUCUAUACGGUUUGCAAACUCAGUUACCAUACCUGAGGAGUUUGUCCAGUUUACCAAGAGUCCUCCAGUACUCGUUGAUGAUGCUAUACAGUGGUGGCUUGAGCCAACGCAGCAACACAACUAUCCAAACCUCUCUCAGAUGGCUAUUGAUAUCCUCUCAAUCAAUCCAAUGUCUGCUGAGUCAGAGAGGGUGUUCAGUGGCUGUAGAAGGACACUGUCGUGGGACCGAGCAAGCCUCUCUGCUGACAAUCUUGGCUAUAUUGAGUGCCUCAAGAGCUGGCAGAAGAACCUUUGUUUUGACAAGGUUGACCUACCAAUUACUACUAACGAAGGACCGGAAGAUCACGUAGAAGAGCUGGAGGAUGACGUUGAAGGACAGGGUGACCUAGAAGAAGGACAGGGUGACUGCGACGACGACGACGGAGUUGGAAUUGGCAUUAUUCCACUAGAUAAUUGA